UGUAGAAGAAGGGAGAAAGGGAUAAACCCUGGGAAGUUAUGGGUUUUAGUUCGUUUUCAAACGCAGGGACUGAAGCCGAAGGUUCUGUCAAGAAGAGCAUCUUUGAGAAGUCUUCCCCAAUGUCGUAGCGUACUGAUCGAAUACCUGUUUCUGUUUCAAAAACCCUAAAUCGGAUCUCAAAUUCAGACCUGAUACGGAUGGAAGCUGCCGGAAAUGGCGGAAGAGCCGAUGGCUCUUCUUCUCCGAAGCCCUUGAAGUUCUCGGCGUACCAGAACCCGGCAUUAUCCGCCGCUUUAACCGUCAAUAGCAUCCAACCUUCCAAGUUCACCUUCCUCUGCAUCUUCUCCCUCUCCUCUGCAUCUGCAUUUGCCUUCCUUCGCAUUGUUUCCUGGGAGAAUGCGAUUAUCGACAGCUUGAAGGUGAAAAACAUUCCUGAAGAGGCGGCCUAUGUUUCUGCCAAGGCUGUACAGACAGUGGUAGGCUUAGUAUUUUUGGGAACAGUAUUAGCUUUCUUCAAAGCAAUAUUCUUGUAUAGAAGAAGAUUUAGUGGUGGUGUGUCUGUUGUAUCUGCCUCUAAUGGUUCCAAGGAUCAAACACCUCUUUCCAAGCGUCAGCUAGGGCUUAUGGGAUUAAAACCAAAGGUUGAGAAUGGGACAUCUGAAAAGGCAUUAAAACCUCCAAAAUCUAAACCCUACUCAUCACCUCCUUCUUCUGAUGUUCUUGUUCCUCUUCAUCAAUCUAUGGGCAGUUUUGGUUAUUCAUCUCAAAGAAACACAGAUAAAUCAAACUCUGUCAGUGGAAGUAAAAUGCAGUCUUUCACAACGCCUGCAAAGUCCCCUGGUUCUGAUUCUUCGUUUUAUCUUGUCUCUGGAGUGGCCUCACCAUUGCCUUCUGGCCUGAGUUCAUCGGGACGGGAUUCUGUGGUUUGUACCUCAUGGUCAAGCAAACGAGUAUCCUCUCUGAAAGAAAUUACGUCCGAAGAAGAAUUUGAACGAUUUCUUACUGAAGUAGAUGAAAAGUUAACUGAGUCUGCAGGAAAAUUAGCUACUCCACCCCCCACCAUCAGCAGUGUUGGUAAAACCAGUCCCAGUACUGUUGAUACUUCAGCUAAUACCUCUGGAACUACCAGAAGUACUCCCUUGAGGCCUGUAAGAAUGUCUCCAAGUUCACAGAAAUUCAAAACUCCUCCUAAGAAAGGAGAGGGUGAUGCUCCCUCUCCAAUGUCUAUGGAGGAAAUGGUUGAAGCUUUCAAGCAUUUGGGAGUAUAUCCCCAAAUCGAGGAAUGGCGUGAUCGUCUUAGGCAAUGGUUUUCUUCUAUUCUGCUUAAUCCUCUUGUAGAAAAGAUUGAAACCAGUCAUGUUCAGGUAAAGGAAGUGGCUGCUAAACUCGGUAUCUCAAUUACAGUAAGUCCAGUAGGCGAUUCCUCUGGAACCCUUCCUACUGUGUCUUCCGUUGACAGGACUAAUGAAUGGCAACCAACAUUGGCCAUUGAUGAAGAUGGACUUCUCCACCAGUUACGAGCAACGCUUGUGCAAUCCAUAGAUGCUUCUAAAAUUAAGAUGCCUCUAGUGAAUAUACAACGGUCUCCUCAGCAGAAUCCCUCGGUUCCCAUCAUGCAAGAGUGUGUUGAUGCCAUUGUAGACCACCAGAAACUUCUUGCUUUGAUGAAGGGUGAAUUGGUCAAGGGCUUGCUGCCUCAAAGUAGCAUUCGAGCAGAUUAUACAGCACAAAGAAUCAAAGAGCUUUCUGAAGGAUCCUGCUUGAAAAAUUACGAGUAUCUUGUGACUGGAGAGGUAUAUGAUAAGAAGAACAAGAAAUGGACACUUGACCUUCCAACCGAUUCUCACUUACUCUUGUAUUUAUUCUGUGCUUACCUUGAGCAUCCGAAGUGGAUGCUACAUCUAGAUCCUUCAACCUAUGCCGGAGCUCAGUCCAGUAAAAAUCCUUUGUUCUUGGGGGUUCUUCCUCCAAAAGAACGGUUUCCCGAGAAGUACAUAGCAAUAAUAUAUGGUGCUCCUUCCAUUAUCCACCCUGGAGCUUGCAUACUGGCUGUUGGGAGGAAAAGUCCCCCAGUUUUCUCUUUGUAUUGGGAUAAGAAGCUUCAGUUUUCCCUUCAGGGAAGAACAGCAUUGUGGGACGCCAUAUUGCUCCUGUGUCACAGAGUCAAGGUCGGAUACGACGGAAUCAUUCGAGGUAUGCACCUUGGUUCUUCUGCACUAAGAGUUCAUCCGGUUCUGAAUUCAGAGCCUGUAGACUGAGUGAGUCAAUGUGUGUUUUUGGUUUCAUCAUUCUUCUCACUAUAUCUGCUACAUGAAACUAACAAAACAUGUGCUUAUGCAACAAUUUUUCUCCUUUGUACAAACAUGCAUCCUGGGGGAAUUGCUUAGGGUCGACCUACCUACUGAAAGCUUAGAACUUUAGUUUCCCAGAUUGAAUGUUGAUGUAUCCUAGUCGGAGUUCUUCAAUAGUUUGUACUGACCACAAUUCACAAGGAUCCUGAAUCCGAAAUUGUCAAAGAACAGUUUACAAUUCUGUUUGGCUGCCUUUUUGUUUUACACAACUUUAAGUCGUCUUAUCAUUUCCCC